GACGCUUGCCGUUUCAAAGAAUGCGGAACAUUAAUAGACGAUGUUUCCGUUGGUGCUAAAGACGAUAAGGUUGAACAAGUACAUGGUCCAAUCGUAAAACACUUCCGUAAAAGCUAAUAAGGACAAUGGAAAAGAAAGUUGUGCAGGCUCUUGCGGGUAGGUAUACGAGUGGGGGAAGAGAGAUCCCGCGGUAUAGGCCAUAGGGACACACAGGACCGUUUUCUAUACGUUCUGCGCAUCUAAUGCGCAUCGUCUUUGUUCACUACUCGCGAGUGGUCAGGCCAGGGCGUCGUCAGUUUCACAGCAUCUGGGGGCUGGGGCUCAGGUCUAGAAUCCUGCAGUUGAACUUUUUUUGCCAAUGCAGUCGCGCAGUGUUUGGCUACUCUAAUAUAUACAAAGUCGAAGACAGAGAGAAAGAAGUUGAGUACAACGAUUGGCGACAGCUUUACGCUUGUUGGAAUAGGUGACUAUACGAUCUAGUAAUCACGAUAACUUGGAUAUUGACGCUAUCUGCUUAUUUCGUCGUAUAAUAUACCUUGUCUCGAGCAAAUCCCGAUGCCUAUACGUUUGAGCGAGUUAUGAGUGCGUGUUUAUGUGUUGUCGAACGUAUAUAAGAUAUAAGUAGAUGUUGUUAUAGGCUAAGUUCUAAUUCGUUAUAUGUAUGGCAGUUUAUUGCUAAUCAUGUGUAUACUGUUUGUAUAUGUAUAUGUAUGGGUAUAUAUGUGCAUUUCUAUUGUGGUAAAGUGAUGUUUAAUAUGUAUGUAAGAACCAGCCUCCAGUUGAUAUUGCACUAUACUUUAUUACUUGAAUACUCGAGUUUUUAAAUUAUUUAUUCGAAAUUUGAGUGGUUUACUACACGUGCAUAAAUUAAUAGAGACAAGAAAAAGUUAGUUUGAAUCCACAAAGACGAAUCUUUUAUUGUCAAUACUGUGUCAAUAUUAUUGUGUAUCGUCACCAAAGAAAGCAAGUCAUGUUGGAUUAUGUAUGGAUAAUGCAUUCUUGUAUGGAUAAAUAAACAGGGUUACUGUAAUUCUAACACAAGAAAAGAUCAAGUUUUCAUCAUUUAUAUGUCUUUUCUUCCUAUUAGAAGUUGUAUAACAACAAUCGCUGCAAUGGAGUCAGAGAAGACUAAGCAUGAAACAUCCAGAGAUUCCGGAACAGACGUACAGCUUUCAGAUGAUCAUGAUUAUAUCCAAUCGCCUAUUAGUAAACUUCCUGUUGAGUGCCUUAUAGCUAUAUUCUCAUUGCUUCCAAUAGCUGACAGAGUUAGGAUCCAAAGAGUGUGCAAGCAUUGGCAAAGCAUAAGUUUGGAGUCCUGGUUUUCAUUGAAAACUCUAACUUUCUAUGAAGAAGUCUGGGGCUACAAGUACUGGUUAGGCAGAGGAAUUGAUCUGACUGUCUUUAAAAAGGUUCUGAAAUUAUGCGGAUCCUAUGUAACACGCAUUGACUUCUCGACACAUUAUACAAAACCAAAUGCUGAUUUUGUAGAAUUAUUGAAGGCCGACAAAAGUCUCUUUGUCAUUAUACGUAAUUAUUGCCCAAAUCUUGUUGCUAUUGACAUCAGGAAUUUGGAGAUCACUUGUGAAGGUCUCGAGUAUCUAGGAAAAAGUUAUUCAACCCUCUCUGAAUUUGCAAUUGAUGGAUAUGAAGAUGUAUAUGAGAAUGGAUUUGGAUCUGUAAACUUUGACAAACCUCUCUCGUUUUUGUUUCGUAAAAACAAAAAUCUACAGCGGCUGAAAUUGAACAUCCCGUCGAAUGGACAUUGUCUGUUGAAACUGAAUCCCAUAACUAUUGAGAAGAUCUCAGUAGUACAUGGUUUAGGAGGCGAAGAGAUCAUUUGCAAGGCUCUCAAUAGAUUUAUUAACUUAAGGAUCCUCAACAUAAAUGACUGGUCUGGAAACCAUGAUUGGUUUAAUUAUGGUAACAAUGAUGUAUCAUAUAUUAAUGAAAUGUUGGAGGCAAUUGAACCACAUUCCGAAAAGUUAAUAGAGCUUGAAAUUAGUACGAUAGAUAAUUAUCUUGUUCUUAUACAUGCUGAAAACAUUAGUUGCUUCAGCAACCUCCAGAAGCUUUUGCUCGAUGGUGAUGCAUUGAAAAUUGACUUUUGUACUAUCACCAAAUACUGCACACAAUUAACUUAUGUCAAACUGAUAGGUCUUUCAGUAUCAGAGAUUCAAAUAGCAAGCAUUAUGCAAUUGCCAAAAUUACAAGAGUUAUAUUUAUGGUAUUUGAAGAAAAUAACGGAUGCUAUUUUUACAAAUCACAUGUCCUCUUUAAAGAUAUUUAAUUGCUUCCAAUGCUCGCAGCUAACAAACAUCGGCUUUCGCAGUUUACUACAAAAUUCAUCCGAGAGCUUGCAAAGUCUCACGAUUCGAUACUGUAAAAAGAUUAAUCUAAAAAAUCUGAUUCAGGAUGCUAAGGAAGUGAUGGAUACUCGAAGCACCGGCCCACUUCUAAAAGUGUUGGUGAAAAAAAAAGGUGAAUCGUCAUUUGUAAAAAAGAAAGUGACUAAGUUAUCCAAGUACCUUGAAUUAACAGAAUACGUUCGCGAUUAAUGUAAUUGUAAACCGUUGGGUUUUCGUAAUAUUAUUAUAUACAUAAUAACUCAAUAAUAAAUAAAUAAAACUUUUUCUCAAUUU